CACCCCUAAACCGAUAUUGCAAGAGAAAAGGUUUGAUUUCAAAUACACAUUACUGAAAAAAGCAUGGGUAUCAAACCGCAUUGUUUGGUGUUAUCAUUCCCAGGUCAAGGCCACAUAAACCCCAUGAUUCAGUUCUCAAAGCUCUUGGUACAUGAAGGGGUGAAAGUAACACUAGCCACCACAUGUUUUUACUCCAAAACCUUACAAAAUGUGCCACCUUACAUAUCACUUGAAUCAAUCUCUGAUGGGUUUUACAAUGGUGGGUUGGGUGAAGCUGGAACCUUUAAGGCCUAUUUGGCCCGGUUUUGGCAAGUGGGCCCACCCUCCCUUGUUGAUCUUAUAGAAAAGCUUGCUAAAUUAGGAAACCCAAUAGAUUGCAUUAUCUAUGAUUCAGCGUUGCCGUGGGCAUUAGAUGUUGCCAAAAGAUUUGGCAUAGUAGGUGCUUCUUACUUCACUCAAAAUACGGCUGUGAAUAGCAUAUAUUAUCAUGUUCAAUUGGGAAUGAUUAAGGUUCCUCUCAUUGAGAGUGAAAUUUCACUUCCGUCUAUGCCUAAACUUCAACUUUGUGACAUGCCUUCUUUCUUCAACAAUUGUCAUGAUGAUGAAGAUUUGGCUGUGCUUGGCUUGGCAACGAGUCAAUUCUCCAACGUUGACAAAGCUGAUUGGGUCCUAUGCAAUUCAUUUUAUGAGCUGGACAAGGAGGUGGCUGAUUGGACAAUGAAAAUCUGGCCAAAAUUUAGAACCAUUGGACCAAAUAUUCCCUCUGUAUUUUUGGACAAACGAAUUAAAGAUGAUGAAGAAUAUGGAGCUGCAGCAUUCAAGAGUGAAGAAGAAUGCAUGGAAUGGCUACACAAUAAACCAAAUGGAUCAGUCAUUUAUGUAUCAUUUGGGAGCUUGGUUCCUCUUGAUGAAGAACAAAUGAGAGAAAUAGCAUAUGGUCUAAGAAAUAGUAAUAAUUAUUUUUUGUGGGUGGUUAGAACCUCUGAAGAGAUUAAACUUCCAAAAGAUUUUGCAAAGAAAUCAGAGAAGGGUUUGGUAGUAACAUGGUGCUCCCAAUUGAAAGUACUAGCUCAUCAAUCUGUGGCAUGUUUUGUAACACAUUGUGGUUGGAAUUCUACAUUGGAAACUUUGAGUUUAGGAGUUCCAACAAUUGUAGUGCCACAAUGGUCUGAUCAAAUCACAAAUGCAAAGUAUAUGGUUGAUGUUUGGAAAGUGGGAAUUAGAGUUCCAAUUGAUGAGAAAAAGAUUGUGAAGAGUGAAGCAUUGAGGGAUUGCAUAAAAGAAAUGAUGGAGUGUGAGAAAGGAAAAGAGAUGAAGAAUAAUGCCAUGGAAUGGAAAUCUUUGGCUCUGAAAGCAGUCAGUGAUGAAGGUGGAAGUUCUUACAAAAACAUGAUAGAAUUUGUGAAUAGCUUGUUUACAUGCUCUCAAUUACAAGUUAUUACUUAGUCAUAUCAACAAUAAUUUGUUCCUAACGUUCAGAUUAUUUGUGUGUUAAUCUACUUUAUCUAUUGUAAUAAUACUACUACAUAUAGUUUAUGUUGGGACCUCAUUUUUGUUGAUGCUUAAUGAUAUUAUU